CGCCAUUGUUUUCUGAAUUUACAAAACAGAGAAACUCUUCGGUCUUCAUCGCUUUGUUUUUGAAUUUACGAAAAUGAAGAACAAGGUAGCAGCAAGAAGAUUUGAAGGCAAGGUAGCGAUUGUAACUGCUUCGACACAAGGCAUCGGUUUUGGCAUCGCGGAGCGCCUUGCUUUGGAAGGUGCUUCUGUCGUCAUCUCCUCUCGCAAGCAGAAAAACGUGGACGAGGCCGUCGAAAAGCUUAAAGCUAAUGGAAUACAUGUUCUGGGAGUCGUUUGCCAUGUAUCCGACGCCCAGCAACGGAAGAAUCUAAUAAACACAACCGUCAAGAAAUACGGGAAAAUAGAUGUGAUUGUAUCCAAUGCUGCUGUAAAUCCGGUUAACGUGCCCCUGUUGGAAACCAAAGAAUCCAUCCUCGACAAGCUAUGGGAAACAAACGUCAAAGCAUCCAUACUUCUUCUUCAGGAUGCAGCUCCUCAUUUGAAGAAAGGUUCAUCCAUUAUUUUCAUAUCAUCAUACGGUGGUUAUCAACCUCAGCCUUCCAUGGCCAUGUAUGGGGUUACCAAGACAGCCCUUCUUGGUCUCACUAAGGCUCUGGCGGCUGAGUUGGCCCCAAAUGUUCGAGUCAAUGCUAUCGCUCCGGGUUUUGUACCAACACGUUUUGCGGCUUUCGUAACAGCCAAUGAAGCCACGAAAAAAUCCUUUGAGGACAUAACACUAUUGAAAAGACUUGGGUCGCCUGAAGAAAUUGCAGCCGCGACUGCUUUCUUAGCUUCGGAUGAUGCUUCUUACGAUACAGGAGAAAUCUUAAUCGUAGCAGGAGGAACCUCCUCAAGGCUCUAGCUUCUUUUGUAAUACAAGUCCUGCUUUUUAAA